GCCGCUCGCUCCAGCACCGAGCAGGCUGCCUGUCUGCAGGAACCAGCCACGCCGUCCAUCCAUCCCUUCAUCCUGACGGGCUUCACUUCCCGGAUGUCUGGGUUUCGCACUUCGGGCUUCAGGUAGUGUCGAAGCGGGCAGUUCGUGCGCGCCGGUCGAGGCGUCGGUGGAGGACACGGGCUCGUGCGUGCGUGCGUGCAGCUUGAGCGUUUGCAGGAGCGUGUGUGUCUGCUUCAGGAGGCUGGCCAGACAAGAAAGGCGAAGCAGCGGGAUUUCAUACACAAGAGUGCACACAAGGACGCUCCCAAUGAGAAGCCAAAUUCUGCACUGCAGUGGAUUUCUUCAGGUGUGUGUGAGUGUGUGUACGUGUGUGUGUGUGUGUGUGUGUGUGUGUGAAUGGGUGUGUGAUCUGACCACAUAGACUCAGUUUAGGUUCUGAACACUUUCUCGUUAACAAUCGGAAGAACCUGCAGAAGCUUUGGGGGCGUCGUCUGGAGGUCGCCCCGUCCAAGAAAACGGUGCCAUCCUGCAGUUUCCAGACCACCUCGCCCCCCCCCCCUCCCUCUCCUCCUCUUUUUCUUUCCCCAUCACGGUGGCUGGUUAGUCGGUCUGUCCGUUGGGAGGCCUCAGACUGGAGAGCUGUGACUGACCGGUGGAUUCAUACUGUGGAUUUUUAAAGAACUGCGUGGAUAUUUAUCCAAAUCGACAUUAAUAAAGCAACGGCUGACUGUUCAAUUCCAUUUCGUUGCUCUUGGAGGACUUGUAUUUUUUGGGAUUUAGAAGGUUGGACCUGCUCUACAUGGGGCUGUAGGACAAAAAGGUGUCAAAUUUCACCUCAGGGAUAAGAUUUCUAUAAUUUUCACGGUAUCGUCCAAAUCAGCACGACGCAGCAAAUCUCAGGUGCCGACGCAGGUUAUACAGGUUCCCCAGGUUUAGGUGGAGUUCCUGUUUCACCUCAGGGAUUUUUAACUAACGAAGUUUCCGUUUUGGUAUUUUCAAGGCGUUGAUUUGACUUUUAACUCAGCAAAUCUCAGGCAACGUCUGAAUUUUUUGGCUUUAGAAACUGUUGCCAUGACAUCUGACAGUUUCCAGUACCGUGUGCUCUUUGAGUACAAGCGUGAGCGCGGCGAUGACAUCAGCCUCCAGCCGGGCGACCUGCUCACUGUCUCCAAGGCCUCACUGAUGGCGGUGCCGGGGCUGGACUACCAGGACGGGGAUGAGCGGAGCCCCAAAGGCUGGCUGCACGGCACCAACGAGAGGACCAAGGAGAAGGGAGACUUUCCGGGGACUUUUGUGGAGUACGUCGGGGUGGUGAGGGUCGGCCCUCCCGCGGUGAAAUCCUGGACCAGGCCUGUACCGCCGACCCCUGGGGGGCCACAGAGCGACGUGGGGGCUCAGCCGCCUGGAGCAGCUGCUGCUUCAGGUGUGGAGGCGGAGCUUCUGUCAGAAGCGGCUCCUGUGGUUGUUUGGAGACUCAUUGAAGCCGUCGAGAAACACGGUUUGAACAGUGAGUCUCUGUAUCGAGCUCCUCCAGCCUCCAGUGGACCUGCAGAGCUGCGGCAGGCUCUGGACUCAGAUCCGGUCUCAGUGGACCUGGACCAGUAUGAUGUGGUUUCUCUGACUGAUGCUCUUAGAGGUUUCCUGCAGGACCUGACCGCCCCCAUCAUCCCCGCCACAGUCUACACCGAGCUGGUCUACACCGCUCAAGAGAGUCAGAGUGUGGAGGAGUGCGGAGAGAGGCUGAAGAGGAUCCUGGAGUCUCCCAGCAUCCCUCAGGCCAACCACCAGCUCAUGGUCCAUCUGAGCAGACAUCUGGCCCGGGUCAGCCUGCAGAGCCAGAACGGCCCCCGGCCGCUGGGACAGGCCUUCGCUGAGGCCGUCUUCAAGCACUCUCCUCUCAGUUGCGACGUGAACCCGGAGCAUCACGUCAGAAUCUUGGAGGCUCUAAUCGCAACCGGAGGUCUCAUGGAGAUGCAGGCUGCACCAGCUCUUCCUCCGAAACCAGCGAAGCCGCAGCCGCCCUCGUCGGUCGGGGUGGGAGGGGGCAGCAGCAAUGGCACCAAGGACGGAGGAGCAGGGGGCUCACUGCAAGAGGCCGAGUGGUACUGGGGGGACAUAUCCAGGGAGGAGGUGAACGACAAGCUCAGAGACAUGCCUGAUGGGACCUUCCUGGUUCGGGACGCUUCCACCAAGAUGCAGGGCGACUACACGCUCACACUGAGGAAGGGGGGUAACAACAAGCUGAUAAAGAUCUACCAUCGGGACGGAAAGUACGGCUUCUCCGACCCCCUGACGUUCAGCUCGGUGGUGGAGCUCAUCAGCCACUACAGACACGAGUCCCUGGCUCAGUACAACACCAAGCUGGACGUCAAGCUCAUGUACCCCAUCUCCCGCUUCCAGCAGGACCAGCUGGUAAAGGAGGAUAAUAUUGAUGCCGUGGGGAAGAAGCUGCAGGAAUACCACAAUCAGUACCAGGAGAAGAGCAAAGAGUACGACAGACUGUACGAAGAAUACACCAAGACCUCGCAGGAGAUCCAGAUGAAGCGGACGGCCAUCGAAGCUUUCAACGAGACCAUCAAGAUCUUCGAGGAGCAGUGCCACACGCAGGAGCGCUACAGCAAGGACUACAUCGAGCGCUUCCGCCGCGAGGGCAACGACAAGGAGAUCGAGAGGAUCAUGAUGAACUACGAGAAGCUCAAGUCCCGGCUCGGCGAGAUCCACGACAGCAAGGUGCGGCUGGAGCAGGACCUGAAGACGCAAGCCAUGGACAACCGGGAGACGGACAAAAAGAUGAACAGCCUGAAGCCCGACCUCAUACAGCUCCGCAAGAUCAGGGACCAAUAUCUAGUCUGGCUUAAUCACAAAGGAGUUCGUCAGAAACGAAUCAACGACUGGCUGGGAAUCAAGAACGAGAACACGGACGAAGGCUACUUUGUGACCGAGGAGGACGAGAACUUGCCCCACUACGACGAGAAGAGCUGGUUCGUCGGGGACCUGAACCGGACGCAGGCGGAGGAGCUGCUCAUCGGGAAGCCGGACGGAGCGUUUCUCAUCCGAGAGAGCAGCAAAAAGGGCUGCUACGCCUGCUCCGUAAUUGUCGAAGGCGAGGUGAAGCACUGCGUCAUCUACAGCACGCCGCGCGGCUUCGGCUUCGCCGAGCCCUACAACCUGUACAGCAGCCUGAAGGACCUGGUGCUCCACUACCACCAGACCUCCCUGGUGCAGCACAACGACUCGCUCAACGUGCGCCUGGCGUACCCCGUCUACACACAGAUGCCCUCCGGACGCAGAUGAACCGCACCCCCAACCACCCGGCCACAACCCCACAGAGACAACGUACCCA